AUGUCUAACGAGCAUCCUUCCGUCAAUUUGGACACAUCAACUACAUCAAAGAAAAAUUCAGCCACCCAGGAACAAGACGCAUCAUCUUCUAUGCCACCUAAACCCCCAACACUCACUUUGAUACUUGCUGCCACGCCGAGUCUCGGCAUAGGAAAGGAUGGCGUCUUGCCGUGGCCCCAACUCAAAAAGGAAAUGGGCUUCUUCGCACGAGUGACGAAGCGUACGUCGCCCUCUGCCUCAGUGGAAGGGCGCAGGAAAAUCAAUGCCGUACUCAUGGGCCGCAAGACAUGGGAAAGCAUACCGCCCAAAUUCCGGCCUCUCAAGGAUCGCCUCAACAUAGUCAUCACCUCGAAGCCAGAAGAAUUUGCAAACAAGCUAGACAAGAAGACAGAAGUCGAAGGCCCGCUUGUGUGCUCUGGUAUCCUCGACGCCAUUGCUCAGCUUGAGCGCGAGGACAAGAGCAACUUACCGUCUACAGACCUCGAGAUUGAUAGAAUCUUUGUUAUUGGUGGGGCUAGCAUAUACCGAACGGCGCUUGAACUUCCGCAAACGAAGCGUGUGUUGCUUACUAAGAUCGAGAAGGAGUUUGAGUGCGAUACUUUCUUUCCUGUUAAUUUAGAUGAGACAACAGUAUGGAGGAAUGCAGACCGGGGCGAGAUUCAAGAGUUCACCGGUGAGAACGUUGAGGAGGGUGGGAUUGAGGAGCAGGGUGUCAGGUUUCACUUUUGCAUGUAUGAGCGAGAAUAG